UUCAGAGGUGUCACGAUGCAAAUAAGAUCGCGCGAGACAGCGGAGGGACUAGCCCCGUGUGGCGCGCCCGGCGGCCGCGACGGACGCAAGAUGGCGACGGCAACCAUAGCUCUCCAGGUCAAUGGCCAGCAAGGAGGGGGGUCCGAGCCAGCGGCGGCAGUGGUGGCAGCGGGAGACAGAUGGAAACCUCCGCAGGGGACAGACUCCAUCAAGAUGGAGAACGGGCAGAGCACAGCCGCAAAGCUGGGACUGCCUCCCCUGACGCCCGAGCAGCAGGAGGCCCUCCAGAAGGCCAAGAAGUACGCCAUGGAGCAGAGCAUCAAGAGCGUGCUGGUGAAGCAGACCAUCGCCCACCAGCAGCAGCAGCUCACCAACCUGCAGGUGAGCCCCUGGCGCGCCCUCGGCCGGCCCUGCUGGAGGCCGCCCCGCCCCGCCCCGCCCGCCUGGGCUGGGGGCCUCCGCCGCCCCUCCCCACCGCCUCCACCGCCUCUUCCUUCUCUUCCUCCUGUGCCUGCAGCCAUCCCCACGAGGCGUUGUGCUUCUCAGUCUCUCAAGGACUCUUUCNUCAGCUGA